AUGUCAGCCUCUGCAGCAGCAACCUCCGAGCUCCAAUCAUCUCUACGCAGUCUUUCCAUCGCUCAAAGCCCCGUAAAGGACAUACCCCGCCCCACCGUGCAAACGACAAGCAUGUCGGCCAACCGUCUGGGCAGUAAUACUGCUGCAUCCAAGAAGAAGAAAGCUGCCCCCGUCGCGGACUCUUGGGAAGACGAAGCCGACGAUUCGUCUGUUACCUCGUCUCCGGACCUCGCUUCCCCAGAUCAAGGUGCAGAUUCAACCCUACUCUCCCCCUCCGUCACAGCCGAGGGCCCGCUAGAUCCCCCACCCACCCCUAUCUCUCCGCAGACCUCGCAGCCAUGGGUCACGGCCCCGGCGUACGCAAGCACGGGACCGUCGUCGUCUGCGUCGUCGGGCACCCGAUCACCAAACAGGAGGCCCGAGAAGCAGACCGCUGUCGCGGGGCGGAUGAUCGCGGGAGCGUUAGGCAUCCGAGCGCCGAAGAGAACGGAGGAACAGCGCGCGUAUGACCGCUCUGUCAAGGAACAGGAGAUUCGACGAAGGAACCGUGAACGCGAGGAGGCCGCCAAGGCGAAGGAGGAUGAGGAUCGGGCCAAGGCGGCUGUUUGGGAUGAGUGA